UUAUCUUGGUUCACGACCGGCAUGCCAACAGCUGCAGUUUUAAGAUAUGCAGCCACUCAGCGCCAAACUAAUCCCGUAUUGGCGUGACGCAUGACCAAAGUGACGUCACCAACUUCACAUCGUGUUUUUCCGAAGAAAAGCCACAUAGUGGCGUCCGAUUGGCCGGUCCCGUGUUCGUGUAGCGUUCCCAUUGGUCCACAUUUACAUUUAUAAGUUAUAAUUCGGCGGCACAUCUCCAUAUUACGGUAGUUUUUUCUAGUGCCCGGUGCUUAGUGCACUCCACUCGACAGUUCACUGACUUCCGAGAGCGUUUCGCGAUUACAUUCGUGUCGUUUCUGUGACAGUUAGAUUUCGUUUCUACACGUUGACCAAAAGUUGCGUCGACAUGUUGAAACUCAAGUAUCUUUUACUUGUGGCCCUGGCGUUAUCGCCGAUAGCCGAACGGUGUAUAGCCGAAGAAGUCGAGGGAGAAAUAAUCAAAACUUUUACGGUUGACGCAACCGUUGAAGGUGCUAGCAAAGAAGGAGCAGUUACUGAUGAUAAAGUUGUUUUAAAUGCCGAAGAACGAAUCAAAUUAGAUGGAUUAAAUGCUGCACAGUUACGAGAGCUGAAGGACCAAGCUGAAACAUUUACUUUCCAAGCUGAAGUUAAUCGAAUGAUGAAACUUAUUAUCAAUUCAUUAUAUAGAAAUAAAGAAAUUUUCUUAAGAGAACUUAUUUCCAAUGCUUCAGAUGCUUUAGAUAAGAUACGAUUGUUGGCAUUGUCUAAUGCCAAUCUUUUGGAUGCAACUAAUGAACUUUCUAUUAGAAUCAAGGUGAACAAAGAAUCUGGGAUGUUGCAUAUAACUGAUACAGGAAUCGGUAUGACUCGUGAAGAUCUGGUAAAAAAUCUGGGUACCAUUGCGAAAUCUGGUACCGCUGAGUUUUUAAGUAAUUUGAACUCUGGAGAUGGUCAAGAUAAAAAUAUGAAUGACAUGAUUGGACAAUUUGGUGUUGGAUUUUAUUCUGCUUUUCUUGUUGCUGACAAAGUUUUGGUUACCACCAAACACAACGACGAUAAACAAUAUAUAUGGGAAUCAGAUGCCAACAGUUUUUCUAUUGUUGAAGACCCCAGAGGACCAACACUUAAGAGAGGAACACAAAUUAGUUUACAACUGAAAGAAGAAGCCAUUGAUAAUUUAGAAAUAAAUACUCUGAAAAAUUUAGUGAAAAAAUACUCACAGUUUAUCAACUUCCCUAUUUAUUUAUGGUCAAGCAAAACUGAAACUGUAGAAGAGCCAAUUGAAGAAGAUGAGCAGCCAGAAAAUGAAGAAAAGACAGAAGAAGAUGAUGCAGCAGUAGAAGAUGCUAAAGAAGAAACACCAAAAACUAAAAAGGUUGAAAAGACUGUUUGGGAUUGGGAAAUCCUUAAUAACCAUAAACCUAUAUGGACUCGAAAACCUGAUGACGUAGAAGCAAAUGAGUAUGAUGAAUUUUACAAGGCGCUAACUAAAGAUACCAAGGAUCCGUUGAGUUAUACCCAUUUUAAUGCUGAAGGCGAAGUAUCAUUUAAAUCCUUGCUUUAUGUUCCAUCUGCACAACCAUCAGAUACCUUUAACAAAUAUGGUACAGUAACAGAUAACAUCAAGCUUUAUGUUAGAAGAGUAUUUAUAACAGAUGAAUUUACUGAUUUAUUGCCAAAGUAUUUAAGUUUCCUUCAAGGAAUAGUAGAUUCGGACGAUUUACCAUUAAAUGUUUCACGUGAAGUCUUACAACAACAUAAGUUACUUAAAAUUAUCAAGAAAAAACUUAUUCGUAAAGCUUUAGAUAUGCUUAAAAAAUUGGAUGCUGAAACAUACAAGAAAUUCUGGGCUGAAUAUUCUACAAACAUAAAAUUGGGUAUUAUUGAAGAUCCAUCUAAUCGAGCUCGUCUUGCCAAGUUGCUGCGGUUCCAGUCAUCUGUUGAAGAGACUCCUACAUCAUUAGCAGAUUACGUGAAACGUAUGAGCGAAAAGCAGGAACAUAUUUAUUACAUUGCUGGUUCUAGUAAGGCAGAACUUGAACGUUCUCCUUUUGUUGAGGGCAUUAUUCGCAAGGGAUAUGAAGUUCUGUAUCUAGUUGAAGCAGUAGACGAAUACACAUUGUCAGCUAUUCCAGAGUUUGAAGGUAAAAAGUUCCAAAAUGUGGCUAAAGAGGGUGUUUCUCUUACUGAAAAUAAAGAAAAGGCUGAAGAAUUGAAAGUUCAAUUUGAACCACUUACAAAAUGGUUUGGCGAAAAUGCUCUUAAAGAUCAAAUUUCAAAAGCAGUUGUAUCAGAUCGCUUGGCUGAAUCACCCUGUGCUCUUGUUGCUGGAAUGUUUGGUUGGACUGGUAAUAUGGAAAGAUUAGCCUUAUCUAAUGCUCACCAAAAAGCUGAUGAUCCACAGAGAGAGUUUUAUUUAAAGCAGCGUAAAUCUCUUGAAAUAAAUCCUCGUCAUCCUCUUAUAAAAGAUUUGUUAAGAAGAGUAAGAGAUGAUCCUGAAGACCAAAAAGCAAAAGAUAUUGCAGUUAUGUUAUUUAGAACAGCAACUUUACGGUCAGGAUUUAUGCUCCAAGAAUCUGCAGAUUUUGCUGAAAGCGUUGAAGUUCUAAUGAGGCAAUCAUUAGGCAUUCCAUUAGAUGAAAAAGUUAGUUAUGAUGACGAAGAAUCAGUUGGUGAUCAACAAGUAGAAGAAGAGGAAGAUAAAGAAGAAUCCCUGGAUCAUGAUGAAUUAUAAAAGUGUUGAAAAAUAUAUUUUAAAGAUAGACUGUAUCAGUUUAUCUAAUUAUAAGUCUGAUUUGCGACAUUUCUGCAUAUUAUUCGAAUAAGUAAUGUAUUUAUAAUCAUAUAUUUACCAGUAGCACUUUAAAUUUUAUGUGCAUUUUUUCCUAUGAAAUAUCAAACCACAUAUUAUAUUUUGUAACAUUUUUAAAAAUCUGAAUAAUUUAAUAUCUUUUCUAGUGGGUUAUUCACCAUACUGCAUAACAUUUAUUGUACAAAUUAUUAAUUAUAAAAAUAUUUAUUUGUUUGAUUUAUUAGUAUAAUUUUUUUCAUUUAAAUUGUAAUACAAAGUUGUUUUGGAAAUUGUCUAUGUUUGUAAAUUUAUUACUACAAUUAUUACAGAUUAUGGGUUUGUUAAAAUAAAAGAAGUCAAAAGUAAA